AUCCUCGGCCUGGACCCAGCGCCUCCGGGGACCGGCCGCGCGCCCCCUGCGUCCGCGGGCUGGGGUGCGGCUCUGAGCCCGCGGCGGCUUCCAGCCCGACUGGGCCUGCCGGGGCUGCCCCGCGCACGUGAUUCCUGACAGAAUCAUCAUUUUUGGUAAACAAACCAAGCCCAGCACCUGAUAAUUGUGAAGCACUCUACACUGACAGUUCUUUGAAACAAAUUUUGUCCUAGCAUUUACACUGUGGCUUUAGCUUUCAAACCGGAGGUUCCUCUUACCCAGCAAAAAAUGGCUUGCCCGAAGAUGAAAUUGAUGUAUAUUUGCCUUCUGGUUCUGGGGGCUCUUUGUUGGUAUUUGAGCAUGUACAAUCUGAAUCCUUUCAAAGAACAGUCCUUUACUUACAAGAAAGAGGAGGGGCACUUCCUUAAGCUCCCAGAUACAGACUGCAGUCAAACACCCCCCUUCCUUGUCCUGCUAGUGACCUCUUCCCACAAACAGUUGGCUGAGCGCAUGGCCAUCCGGCAGACGUGGGGGAAAGAGAGAAUGGUGAAGGGAAAGCAGCUGAGGACUUUCUUCCUCCUGGGGACCACCAGCAGUGCGGCAGAAACAAAAGAGGUGGACCAGGAGAGCCAGCGACACAAGGACAUUAUCCAGAAGGAUUUCCUGGACGUCUAUUACAAUUUGACCCUGAAGACCGUGAUGGGCAUGGAAUGGGUCCAUCGCUUUUGUCCUCAGGCAGCAUUUGUGAUGAAAACAGACUCAGACAUGUUCAUCAAUGUCAACUAUCUGACCGAACUGCUUCUGAAGAAAAACAGAACGACCAGGUUUUUCACUGGCUUCUUGAAACUCCGUGAGUUUCCCAUCAGGCAGCCAUUCAGUAAGUGGUUUGUCAGUAAAUCUGAAUAUCCGUGGGACAGGUACCCACCAUUCUGCUCUGGCACUGCCUACGUGUUUUCUGGCGACGUGGCAAGUCAGGUGUACAAUGUCUCCGACAGCGUCCCAUACAUUAAACUGGAAGACGUGUUUGUAGGGCUCUGCCUCGAAAGGCUGAACAUCAGAUUGGAGGAGCUCCACUCCCAGCGGACCUUUUUCCCAGAGGGCUUACGCUUCUCUGUGUGCCGCUUCAGGAGGAUCGUGGCCUGCCACUUCAUCAAGCCCCGGACUCUCCUGGACUACUGGCAGGCUCUAGAGAAUUCCCAGGAGAAAGAUUGUCCGCCUGUCUGAGAGGAGCCCAGAGGCACAUCCGGACAAGUUUCAGACAACCUGUGGGGACAGUGUUUGUAAGAUUUUGGA